GUUGGCCGUGGUCUUUGUCUGCUCUGAUCGCCAGCAGCUGAGGUGACUUCGGCCCCCGCCGGGUGCCCGGCAGGGAUGGGGGGUCCUUCCCCUCUCCUCCUCUGGCCCACCCCAGGCUCUGACCCUGAACCCCACGGUCCUGUGGCCGCAGCCGGGCCUAGGGAAGGGGACGAAGAACUGCAGCACCCCCUCCCCACUUACUGACCAUCUGCCUUCUCUUCCUCCUCCUCCCCAACUAUCUUUUCCCUUUCCCUAAUUCAUCCUCCCUCUCCCCAAUUCAUCUUCCCCAAUUCAUCUUCCCCAAUUCAACCUCCCCCUCCCCAAUUCAUCCUCCUCCUCCCCAAUUUAUCCUCUCCGAGCUAUCAUUUUCCUCCCCCAACCUCCCCCUCCCCCAUUUUCCUCUCCUCCCAUUCCCCCAUCUCUUCCUCUUCCUCGCCCAUUUUUCCUCCCCUUACUCGUCUCUCUCUGUCACUCUCUACUCCCACACUCCACCCCACCCCCCAAGCACAUAUGGAAGCCCUGGUGUUUGUGUCUGAGUAGCCACUUGUGUGUCUGUGCCCUACAGGUGUAUGCAGCGGCAGUGUGACUAAGAAAGGGAGCCGGGUGUGAGGCGCCACCCAGGUCCUUCUGAUUGUGGGGGAAGGACCCAAGCUGGGGCAGUCCGUGUGUGUGUAACUGUGUGUGUUAUGUGAAGUCUUUCCUGUUAAACAUGUGCACGUGUGUCUUUGUGUACGACACCAUAGAUGUAGGAGCUCCGUGGAUCCCCCAAGAGGUCAUUGCCACCUGCCUGGUGCCCACCUGCUGGGCCCUUUGUACCUUACAGGGUUUCAGCAGGGCUCGGGAGCAGAUCUGGAUGAUCGAGGCUGCUGCACCCUUCCAUCUCUGAUCUGAAGAGCCAAGGCUCUGCCAACCAGAGAAACACCCCACCCCAGCUUGGGUGAUGGCCACCCCUCUGUCCCUCCAGGUCCCAGCUCCCCCAGAACAAGUUGGGCUCCUGAGUCUGAAGGUGGAGGAAGAUGAUGCCAGGCCUCAAGGAUCCCUCCAAGGAAGGGACCCAGCUGGCCCUGGGACCUCUUGCCAGGUCAAGACAAAGCCCAGAGAUCCACAUGACGGAGGGGGGAGUGGGUCAGAGCAAUCCUCGACUACCUUGCCUAGGACGAUGGGGACCUACUGGAGGCCACAGCACCCAGAGCACAAGCAUUUGACCCAGACUCUUGAGAAGAAAGCUCUGCUUUCCCAGGAUUCUCCACUUCCUACGGAGGGGAGCACGGAGGAAGAGGGAUUGGCUGCUGGGCGGCCCACAGCCGGCUCUCAGGAGCCAGUGACGUUCAAGGAUGUGGCCGUGGACUUCAGUCAGGACGAAUGGGGGCACCUGGACACUGCCCAGAGGGACCUCUACAGGGUCGUGAUGCUAGAGAAUUACAGGAACCUGGUCUCACUAGGGCUGGUCCAAGCCCAGCCUGAAAUGGUCUCUCACCUGGAACGAGGGGACGAGCCAUGGAGGCUGGAAGACCUCAGAGGCACCCGUCCAGGCUCAUCUCUCCCCCUCAACAUCCCCCCUCUUCAGCAACUUCCUCAUGUACCUGGACCACACUCCCACAGCCAUCAUUCCCCAAACCGGACAAGUCAGGCUCUUGUCACAGAUUCACCCUCUCUGCCAUUAACAUCACAGCUUCCCCCAUUUUAAAAAAUAAAACAGACUCGGUUACCUCUUUUUCCUUCUUCCUUCUGUCUAACCAUGGGAAUGGAUUCCUGUACUCCCUGCCUCCCAGACCCCUUUCCUAAUA